AAACCUUCUUCAUCAACACAAUGUCUAAAGUUCAGUAUCGCUCCCUUGGCAAGUCUGGUCUCAAAGUCUCCGUGCCAAUUCUUGGUACAAUGAGCUUCGGAACGUCGAAAUGGGCUUCGUGGGUCCUCGACGAGGAGCCCUCUAUUGAAAUCAUGAAGGCUGCUUGGGACCUUGGUGUCAAUACCUUCGACACCGCCAAUAUUUACUCGAACGGCGAGUCAGAGCGCCUCAUCGCGAAGUUCAUCAAACAGUACAGCAUUCCUCGCUCCCAGAUCAUAGUCGCCACCAAGUGCAAUGGUCUCGUUGCAAAUGAUCCUUCCAUCCAUGGGUACGUCAUGCCUGAUUUGAAAAUGCUGCCCGAGUACGUUAACCAAUCUGGCCUGUCUCGCGCUGCAAUCUUCAAUGCUGUCGACGCGUCCCUCGCUCGUCUCGAAACCACAUACAUCGAUCUCUUGCAGAUCCACCGCUUCGACCCUUCAAUCACCCCCGAGGAGACCAUGAAAGCACUUCACGACCUCGUGCAGAGCGGUAAAGUCCGUUAUAUUGGUGCUAGUUCCAUGCGCUGCUGGCAGUUUGCUAUGCUGAAUGACGUGGCCGCUCGCAAUGGUUGGACAACAUUUGUCAGCAUGCAGGAUGAGUACUCACUACUCUACCGCGAGGAGGAACGAGAGAUGCUCGCUUAUUGCAAACACAACGGUAUCGGUGUCAUCCCCUGGGCUCCUCUAGCUCAUGGUGUGCUCGCCCGUCCACUUGGUACAGAGACGACGCGUUCUAAUUCUAGGAGGGGAACUAUUUUGAAGAAAAAUUUGUCCAGUGCAGAUACAACUAUCAUCAACCGGGUCGAAGAGCUUGCGAAGAAAAAGAAUUGCAAGAUGAGCCAGAUUGCGCUGGCCUGGGUUGCAUCAAAGGUGUCGAGCCCUAUCGUUGGUAUCAGCUCUAUACAGAGGUUGCAGGAGAGUAUCGUCGAGGAAAUUGAGCUCACGCCGGAGGAAAUAAAGUACAUGGAGGAGCUGUAUGAGCCCAAGGCCGUCCGUGGCCACCUUUAGGUGAUCGUGGUCAACCUAGAUGUCAGCCAAAAUCCGUAGCACUGUAUUACCAGCAUCACCGCAAUGCAUUGAGUGGAGAAUGAUUAUAUCAGUUUGAAAAGUCUGCAAUACUGAGAUUAAAUGAGGUAAAAUCAUGAUUUCAUGACGUUUGGUCCGAAGCGAAUCUGGUCCUAGAACAUGUAGGAAAAGCGAAAGAUAUAAUGUAGUUGCUACGCACCUUAUCAUUUUCUAACCCGCUCACUUCCUCCAAACCUGUCUGCACGCUCUGCCAUUUUUGUUGUAGUAAUAUGACUGCGCUCGGACGUGCUCAUAUCCGACGCAUCGCAACACUACAGUACGGUCAUAUAUAUAUACAAGCAAGGUCAAAAUCGGCCACGCCGAUCCCUAGUACUGAGCAAAGAGUUAACACACCACAACAGGUG